AUGACAGAUCCGGAUAAGAGGCGGCAGGAUCCUACGCGUGUGCGGUAUCCGAAAGUCAAGACUGGGUGCAUCACGUGUAGGAACCGCCGCGUCAAGUGCGACGAGACGAGGCCGAGCUGUCUACGCUGUCGCAAGUACGGCACUGAGUGCGGUGGUUAUCUGCCCGGUCGACGAAGACCGCCUUCUUCGGCCUACGGAUCAUUCGCAACGCAGGCAAGGGCGUUGGUCCCUAAAGACCAGUCGAGUGCCCAGGUUAUUCUCCAGCCUGCUAUGAGCCUGUUCGAGACGGAUCUCGAGCACCGCUAUUUCAGAUUAUUCUCUGACCACAUCGCUACGGAAAUAUGUCCGUACUUCAACCCGGAGAGCUGGAGCCGGAUGAUUCUGCAGGCGUGUGCUACAGAGGCCUCGAUUCGGCACGCGGCGGUAGCUAUCGGGGCUUUGGGCAAGACGUAUGAGAUUGCCCAAGCCGGAUUGUGUUCUGUCACGGGGCAGAAGUUCCCCAGUACGCUGGGCCAACUACCCGCUCCGAGAGUGAGCAUUGAGAAUCGGAGUGUAGAGGAGAUUGUUGCAAGUGCAAAUCUAGUUGCUGAGGCUCAUGAGCAUCAUCGGGCGGCUCUGGAGCAGUAUGAUAAAGCUAUUAAGCGUAUGCGGAAUGAUAUUUCGUGUGGGGGAGACACGCUGAGGACGACGUUGCUUAUUUGUAUUGUUAUUAUUUGUUUUGAGGCUAUCCAUGGGAACCAUAUAUCGGCAGCUGCCCAGCUACAAAGUGGCCUGGCGCUCCUUCAGGAGUGGAUGUCAAAGCAGCCAGACGCUCGUCACCAUCCACAAGGCUUCUCAUCUCCAGCCCCAGAUGAUGUAGAAGACUAUCUCGUCCAAACAUUCGGCCGAAUGGAAAUCCAGUCCAUGUCAGUCUUCGACCCACGUCCCGUCGAAACGCACCAAGCCCUCAAAGGAGAGGGCAAACAAGAAGUUCAACAAAUGCCCACGCCAUUCGCCUCAGUUGAGCAAGCUAGAGUAUAUCUCGACCUUAUCACUCGUCGCUUAAUGCACUACAACCACUCCAUCCACCCUCGAGGAGGGCAAAGAAAACUUCCACCCCAACAAAUUCCCAUGCCCUGGGCCAAUCAAUCAGUCCCCCAACCAAUGCCCUGGAUCGACGGCAAGAUCCCGCUCCCAAAUACAACCUCUACCCUCUCCUCCGCCGACAUCCACGCCGAGCAAGCCUCGCUAACCCAAGAACUCACAACCUGGACCGAAGCCUUCGCCCCCUUGCUCUCCCUCUCCCGAACUCUCGGCGGCCAAGAUGCCAUCUCCGCUCUUACAUUAUUAGUCUCCGCAAUAACAAGCCAGAUCUCCCUGGGGGCCGCAUUCUUCAUUAACGAAUCCGCGUACGAUGUAUUCCUCCCGGCAUUCAAAACUAUAGUCCAGUCCUCCUCCCUGCUCCUCUCGCUCCUCGAACAACAACAACUCUCUAAACCGCCCCCUUCCUUCGCGCCCACUGCCUCUUCCCCCUCUAGCUCCCACUCCCCACAAAAGGAAGCCUCAGAACGCACCGAGCGCGGCCUAGCCUUACGCUUCUCAUUCGAUAUCGCGGUCGUUCCAUCACUUUAUACGGUGGUGAUUAAAUGCAGAGAUCCGCAUAUCCGCCGCGCGGCACUGAAGUUAUUAGAUCGGUACCCGAGAAGGGAAGGGGUUUGGGAUAGUGUUGCCGUUGCUGGACUCGGGAGGUGGGUCAUGGCGCUGGAGGAGGAAGGGGCACUGAGAUGGCAAAGUGCGAGCCCGCCUGAUACUACCACUACUUCAACUUCUCCUCACCCAAUACCUGAAUCAACCUCCAAUCCAAAUCCGAAGCAAAAAUCCAAUCCAACCCACCCUGCCCCAGGAUCUGGAUCUGGAUUUAGACACGCCUCGCCCGCCUCCACACCCCUCUCACGUCACGAAACCCCUCCAGGAACCAGCACUUCCAGAGAAGGCAGUUACAGCGACGGUACGCGCGUCUCCGAAAAACCGCCCCGCGAAUACCCAAUCAUCCCCGAAGAAAUGCGUGUUAGGAAAGCAGCUAUGCGGUUCGAUUUGCUCGCAAGAAGAGCGAACAUGAGUUGUAUGCAGAUGGACUUCAAGAGCGGGGAUUUUGUUGAGAAGACGGAGGUUUUCCGCUGGUAA